AAAAGGAAACCAAAGCAAUACCGAGUUCAAAUCAGUUUUCACUUUGAGUUUUGUUGGCGAACAACUAACCGAGCAGCGUGGCGGAAGUCGUUUAGACUUGGUAAACUUUUGUAAACGUUUGGUGGUUGGGGCCAACACACAUUUCACUGAUGGCGAUGGUGAUGCCGAGGACGACUACGACGUCGAUGUUGAUGAUAAUGCGUUUAGCAAUAUUUUCCGUGACAUUGAGUAUGAUGGCGAUGGUCAUUUGUGUAAGACAAGAACAAGAGGGAGCCACGAACAACAAGACGACAAACAGCUGGCACAACAACAGCAUCCCCAUCAUCAUAAUUUAUCAAUUAUGCAAAAUUUCCCUGACCCGGAAUUACCUGUACUUUUGCAACAUGCCAUUGCCGCAUGCUGCAGCAUUGUUGCUGAUUAUUUUGCCCAGCAAUCGAACAGUUUCAUGCUGAGCACCAAUAUCGAGGAGAAAAUUCUGCAGCCGCACAUUCGAGACUUCAUCAAUAAUGUGUUGCUGUGUCUGAAUUCGAUUAAGGUGGAAGUGGAGAAUUUGCAUGGGCAACGGGGUCCCUCAUUUAAUCGCAAAUACAAUCUAAUUGUGGUGGAUAGUGUGGAGGCUUUAAGGCGUUUAGAUCCUGGCCAUAAUACCCGCGAUUAUGAUAUUCAGGAAUUUUAUUUGGUCUAUCUGAUGAAUGCCUCACGGUUUCCAAAUCUCGAGGAGCAGUUACAAGAUAUUUUCGCUUACUUUUGGCAAAAUUAUAUUAUAAAUGUCACGGUGGUCAUAGUAAAUACCCGCACGGGUAGUGUUGAAGCCUUAACUUAUUAUCCGUUUUACGAUAACGUAUCCUGCAAAUUGGUUCAUGUAAAACAUAUUAAUAGUUUUCUGGGGGCAUGGUUGAAGCCAUUGCAAAAGAAUAUUUUCCCUGAGAAAAUGGGAAAUUUACAUCAAUGCCCCAUCACUGUGGCCGUUUGGGAUACCCCACCCUACCUGAGUUAUCAUCGCAAUUCAAUUGGAUUUUAUGAAAUUGGCUAUUUUGAAGCUGACCUAUUAUGGGUUUUGGUUGGAAAGUUGAAUUUCACAUUAGAUAUGAAGGAGCCACCAAAUAAUGAACAACGUGGAAAGGUAUUGGAGAAUGGUACAACAACGGGCGCACUGAGAAUGUUACAAGAACGCAUUGCAGAUUUCAGUUUGGGUUCAUUUCGCUACACCCUGGAGAGAUCACAAAUGAUGACGGCGGCAUUACCCUACUACCAGACAUGGCAAAUAUAUGGAUUUCUACGAACGGCACAACCAUAUACAUCUCUCGAAAUUUUAGUAUUCGCCUUCGAUGACAAGACAUGGCUUUGCUUAAUUUUAAGUAUACAACUGGUGAUGACAAUCGGCUACCUGUUACAAUUUAAAUAUCAGAAAUCUCAAUUUGUACAAGUAAUACUCGGUCAUCCAAGACCCACGACUCCUGUGACAAAUAUUGUUAAGGUAUUUUUUGGACAGAGUAUAGCCGAACAGCCGAGAACAAAUUUUACACGAUUUGUUCUAAUACUAUGGGAUGUCUAUGGGCUAUUGAUGCGUACCGCUUAUCAGUCGCUGUUAUUUCAACUGUUGAAGGGAAAUUUAUAUCAUGAUCCACCACAAAGUCUGUCAGAUUUAAUAGCCAAGGGUUGUAAGUUGGUAACCACAGAGGGUACUUAUGAUUCCAUUGCCACGGUACCGAGAAUACAAGAGGGCCUCAUCGAAGUGAUUAAAAUCAAAAACACCUCAGAGCAGAGUACAUUUUUCUAUAUGGAAGAGAAUACGAGGGAGGGGAAUUGUUUGUCGGGCAUAUCACCAAUGGAUUUUUUAACUUAUCAUGCCACAGAGGAAAAUAAACGAGGAGUAUUUUUUGCUCUACCCGAGAAGAUUUUCACCCAGCAUAUAACAAUGUAUUUUUCAAAACAUUCAUUUCUGAUAAAUCGUAUUAAUUUUUUGCUUAUGAAUUUGCGGAGUAUGGGUCUAAUAGAUUUUUGGGCCAGACAAAGUUUAGAUGUAAGUUAUUUUGAUGCACCCACUGAUGUCAAUUUUGUGGCGGUGGAAUUUUCAAAAGUCACGGGGGUAUUUGUAACAUAUCUAGCCCUUAUGUGUGUGGCAUCGAUUGUAUUUUGUUUGGAAAUAAUUUUAUUUUAUUGUAAAAAAAUA